CAGCCUUACCUGACCUCUUGACUUCUCGCUGUUUUUGAGUGAGGAAGCAAGAAGAAAAGUUCAGUUUCAGUCUCCCAGCGUCGCCUGUUUCUUGGGCAUCUGCGAAAAAAAACCUUGCUGCUCAUAGGUCAUCUCGUGUGAGGAUUCAUCGAAGAGAAGAUAACAUGCCUGACCCUGCGAAGUCGGCCCCGGCCCCGAAAAAGGGCUCCAAGAAGGCGGUGACCAAGGCGCAGAAGAAGGACGGCAAGAAGCGCAAGCGCAGCCGCAAGGAGAGCUACUCGGUCUACGUGUACAAGGUGCUCAAGCAGGUGCACCCCGACACUGGCAUCUCGUCCAAGGCCAUGGGCAUCAUGAACUCGUUCGUCAAUGACAUCUUCGAGCGCAUCGCCGGCGAGGCCUCGCGCCUGGCGCACUACAACAAGCGCUCCACCAUCACGUCGCGCGAGAUCCAGACGGCCGUGCGCCUGCUGCUGCCCGGCGAGCUGGCCAAGCACGCCGUGUCCGAGGGCACCAAGGCCGUCACCAAGUACACCAGCUCCAAGUGAGCGCUCGGGUCGGCGCCGCAGCCCCUCACCCCAAAGGCUCUUU